AUGAUCGCCGAAGAUCAAUACAUGCAUCUGCCGGGCUAUGUGCUAGUGGAUUUGAGUCUCCCAGGCUCAGCUUGUGAGCCGGAAUUCUGGAAGGAGAAAGAAGGUCUUGACUUCCACCGUUUGGGUCUAGUACAAGACAUCCACGAAGAUAUGAAGAGUGGCUUUCUAUCAAUUGAUGAAGCUUCUCGUUCCUUGGAUCUUCUCAUGCUAUGCAAACCGAAGUACAAUGUUGCCAUAACAUUCGUGGCAAAUGGAAUGACGAUCUGCGCUUUGGCGACCAUGCUGUCCAGCUCAGUGCUUGUCAAUACUCCUGCGAUUUUUGUUCUUGGUGGUGCUUUGGGUCUACUCCGACAAAAUCGGUCCAACUCUACCAUAUCAUACAACACGUUGCAAAUCUUCGGUGCUGCGACUAUUCCUCUCUUUCAAUUUUCCGUCUCCAAUUCAAAGUCGACAAUCCUGAACGAUACAACCCUGUCAUCAAUGCCCAGUGUCUCCGCUUUCAUGCAAGCCUUGACAGUUGACGCUCUCUCUAUUCCUCUCUCCGGCAUCAUGAUAGCCCGGGGACGCCGAAGCCUUUUUAGCUUUAGCCUGCGGAUAGCACAAACAUUAUACCUUGCCUGUAUGCUGCAAUUUGGCGCUUCCUUGGCUGAAAACAUUGCUAUUCAAAUCGAGACCUCGCUCAAUGGUACUCCGCGCUUUGCAACACCACCCCGGCCAAACCUCACAGAACAAAUUGGCUCAGUGGUCGUGUUCGUUUUCGGCGCGGCAGUGAUCACACGCGCUAGAUACCGGAUAAUACCUGCUACGCUGAUUAUUGUUGCCGUAGGAGCUCCUGUUCAUCACGCCGUGAUUGCUUUUGAUGAAUUCGGUCUGAUGAAUGUCUUCAAGGCUUGCCUAGGAAGUCUUCUGAGUGAUCUUCUGUGCCAAAUUUUCGUUGUGUCUUCAGCACCAGCCAAACUUUCGAUGGUGUCACUAUUAUUAGUAACUGGUUUUACGCGUCUGGAGCGGACUAGAUACACGAUGGUAUCGCCACAAUUCAACAUAUCUGAAAUCAUGUGGGUAUCAAUCCAUAUCGUGCUGGGCUUGUGGCUGGCGAAAAUGUUUUCGCGAACUUUCAAAUUUAAGAUUGCUUAG